AUGGAGAAACCGAUUCGCAGCAAUGUUGAGAGCAGCCGCUUAUCAGUCAUCGAAAUUCUCAUGGCCCAUAGUUUGGAAAACACGGGAAAACUUCCGGAUCUGAAUUAUCUGACGGCAGAAGCCUUCACCUUCAUCGAUGCGGGUGUCGAUACCGCAGGGCGAACACUAGCGGCAGCGGUAUACUUUGUGCUUCGAGAUCAGACCGUGCAGAGGAAGCUUCAAGAAGAGUUGGAUAGCUUGUCAGUGUGGGACUCCGGGAACACUGAACAGAUCGUGCGGAGCGUAGGAAAGCUACCUUUUCUGAAUGCGGUCAUCAAAGAGGCGCAUCGUAUAUGGCCGUCGCUCCCGGGGCCACUACCUCGCGUUGUGCCCCCAGAAGGGCUACAAGUCGGGUCAUACUUCAUUCCAAAGGGCGUAUGUUAUCUAUCUCUCCUCACUCUGUCUAGCCAGGAUACUGAUUCCCUCGAGACCAUCAUAUCUGCAACCCAUCAUUCCAUGCAUUUUGAUGAAGACGUGUUUCCUGAACCAAGCGAGUUCAAGCCCGAGCGUUGGCUGCGCGACAACAGAACGGAUCUCGAUCGGUAUCUAACUCCCUAUAGUCGCGGGAGCCGGGCUUGCAUCGGGAUUAAUUUGGCUCAGAUGGAACUUCAAUUGUGUUUGGCUAUCCUGUUCUAUCAUUUGGACAUGGAGCUUUGUGAGCCCGCUCCUGUAACAUUGGAUUGGAAAGAUCAUUUUGUCGCAGAGCCCACAAGUCAAGUUCUGGUACGCGCGAAACCAAGAGACAGAGGUCUUUAG